GUUAGGCGAGUUCCCUUUAACCAGUGUUAUGCAGUGUGUGUGUGUGUGCUGUAAUGGAGAGAAAUGAUCGGGCUGAUGAACAGAUUCGGAACGGCUUUGUGUCCUUUUUGGUCCCAAACUACAUCCGUGAAUGUGUUUAAAACUUUAUUCCGAAAUCCUGCGGAGAGAAACCCGAGUCUGAGCCGCGGAUUUCACCUCAACAACCGGCUCAGGACAGGCUUGGCGUUUGUGCUUUACUUCUGUCGUAGAUCUGCAGCUGGUCUGAGUUCAGCUUGUUUCAUUAUGUUGUCUUCUUCUCAAGGCAAACUGGUCCGCGACGGCGAGGACAGGAAACCAGUGAUUUGCAUUGAGGGGAACAUCGCGAGUGGGAAGACGACGUGUCUGGAGUAUUUCAGCAAAACCAGCAACAUUGAGGUUCUGACUGAGCCAAUUUCCAAAUGGAGAAACGUUCGAGGACACAAUCCACUGGCGCUGAUGUACGAGGACCCGGCGAGGUGGGGUCUCACACUGCAGACCUACAUUCAGCUCACUGUCCUCGACCAUCACCUGUCUAAAAUAACGGCGCCGGUCAGGAUGAUGGAGCGAUCUCUGUACAGCGCAAAGUACAUCUUUGUGGAAAAUCUGUAUAAAAGUGGGAAGAUGCCCGAGGUGGAUUACGCCGUCCUGACCGAGUGGUUCGAGUGGAUCAUCAAUAACAUCUCCAUUCCUAUAGAUCUGAUCGUUUACCUGCAGACGUCGCCUCAGAAGUGUUUUGAUCGUCUGAAGCAGAGAUGCAGAGAAGAAGAGAAAGUCAUUCCACUGGAGUACCUAGAGACUCUUCAUCACAUGUAUGAAGACUGGCUGAUAAAUCAUUCCUCAUUUAAAGUUCCUGCUCCUGUUCUGGUUAUCCCUGCGGAUCAUGAUCUUCAGAAGAUGCUCCAUCAGUUUGAGGAGAACAGAGAGAAGAUCUUCGCUGUGCCUCGAGCCUCAUAAAGAGAAACGUUUCUCACACACAUUUUAUACCAGGCAGCUUUUCAUCCAGCCGUGUGUGUUUCCUGCCGUUUUAACUUCAUUAUGGAUGUGUGCGCGCGUGUGCGCGUGUGUGCCUGCGUGUGUGCCUGCGUGUGUGCCUGCGUGUGUGCCUGCGUGUGUGCGUGUGCGUGUGUGUGUGUGUGUGUGUGUGUGCCUGCGUGUGUGCACAUGUGUGUGCGCGUGUGUGUGCGUGCGCGCGCGCUGGGGUAAACGAUUUAAUAACAGUUUUUUUUUUAAAUCAGUUGUAUUUGAGAGAUUAUGAAUCUUUGGACUGACAGUGAAUCAAUUUGAUUCAUGAUUCAUUAAAUCUUACAUUUUUUGUGAAUCAGGACAAUGUGAUUCAGUGAGUCAGGUUUCUUAAGGAAAUAUUAUAACGCCUCAAAAUUUUGUCUAAAAUACAACUUUUAAUUGUAUGUUUAUUUUCCCAGCUGCAUGUCUGUAACACACACACACACACACACACACACACACACACAGGGUGUAAUCUCAGGCUUAGGUGUGUGUUGUGGUUUUAGAGGAAACGUCGGUGCUGUAGUUGAAUUUUACAUCAUUGUCUCUUUUUCUAAUGAAAAUGAUUUGUUCUUUCUUUUAUAUUAUUAUUAUGAUUAUGAUUAUGAUUAUUAUGAUUAUUAUGAUUAUUAUUAUUAUUAUUCUCACUUGUGUAUUAAAUGGUAUCAUUAUUAUUUAUUUAGCUGUUUAAAUCACAGAAAUCAUUCCACAGAUCUGACCUUCAUCCUGUUGAAUAGAGUUAAAACACAAGACCAGAGCUAUUGUAAAGUUUAUUUUUAUUUGUUUUAUGCAUAAAAAAAAAUCCCAAAAUGUUGUUAGGAACGUGGCACUUGUGACCGGAGGAGCCGUGGAGACGUUUUGUAUUAUUACAUUGUUUACAGUGUAAUUUUAAUAAACCAGUGAGAAAUGGA